ACCCCGGACUAUAUGAAACUCCCACGUGGAGCUUUCCUUCGCUACAGUGGAUAAGUCUUUCUCCGCUCGACGCCGAUCUUUAACGUGCGUAAAGUUGUGCGUAAAGUUAUUCUUCACGCGUAGCAGGGCAUAAUGAAGAUAUCACUGCAUUAUUUAUGAUCCUUAAACUUUAAUACUGACGAUAUGCAUGCUCUUGCAAGGCGGUCUGUGUUGUAAAAGCAUAAUCAACGUGGGGGGAAAUUGCUGUUUCAUGGCCGCGCAGCUUUUGUUCGCUGCGACAAAAGAGAGAGGAUUGUAUAUCUGGAUCAACUUUUGGAGACUUUUAUUGUACAAUAACCUUUGCAUAACAACUCUUUUUUUUCCUCAAGCGUUGCCUGAGGCACUGCGCAUGCGCACUGGCUGCUCGCUGUCACUAAGACAUUUUUCUUCACGUUGGAAACUGUCACUGGUGACGUCAAUCACCGGGCUCUGACCAAUUAGAGCGCAGGGUGAUUGUUUAGCUCCACGGGCUGCAGCGCCUACCAUGAAUCUCUAUUCAGUAUCAAAGCGUCCUGCUGCUGCCUCUCAACCGAAUGGGAUUCCAUGUAGUCUGCAGAUAGACUUAACUUUAAAAAGUCUUUUUUUUUCUUUAUUUUUCACUGCGAUUAAAAUAUAUUUGUCAUCAUCAUUAUUAUUUUGCCUGCUGUCAAGUUAUUCUAAAAUUAGGAAGUAAUGAGCGUGGAUGCACUGGGAAGCCCCGUGAUGGACCCUACGUUUUCCAAACGGAACACGGCGCUGAGAUUAGUUGACUUGGCAGGGGCUCACCACCAUCACCAUCAUCACCACCAUACCCCUCAGAGCGUGACAGGCUUCCCGGGGUUCAGCAGCCAUCCACACUCAAUGGCUCACUCGCACCCUGGGGAGAUUACUGCGGAACCCCGCCUGGGGCCGAGUCCAUUCGGGCCAGAACACAUGGGGCACUCCGCGGCCCUCAAAAUCAGCCCAGCCCAUCAUUAUCCCCACCACCAUCACCACCACCACAAUCAUCAUAUGGCAGGCCACAGUGAAGUGGUCUCCAGUCAAACGGGAGCUUUUGGCCCGGUUCAGGCGACAUCCGUGCCCUAUUCUAUGUCUCACACGGCCCAGGCUCUAUCCGCAGGUAGGGAUUUCCUCAUCCGGAGAGAUCUGACAGCUCAAGCCAUGCCAGUGCUGACUGACCAGACUGCUGGUUCAGCCUCUCACCACGGAAUGUUUGUCUCAACAACAGGUAGCUAUCCCGGACACUAUGGUCACCACCCUGACGCUGGGAACCAUACCCUCUUCUCCGGACUCCACCACGACCAGCCUUCUAGCGGAUCACCGGGUGGCCAAGCGUUGAAUGGACAAAUAAGGUUAGGACUACCUGGAGAAAUGUACGUUAGGUCUGAUCACUUGAGUCAAGUGGCAAGCUCCAGGGCUGAUCCGUUUUCAGCCUCGCCGUUGCACGGCUACGGUGGACUGAAUCUGAACAUGAAUCUGAGCGCUCAUCACCACCACCACCACCACCACGGAGCCGGCGCGUUUUUCCGCUACAUGAGGCAGCCGAUAAAGCAAGAGCUCAUCUGCAAGUGGCUGGAGCCGGACCACGCUCCGAAGAAACUCUGCUCCAAAACUUACAGCACCAUGCACGAACUGGUAACGCAUGUGACGGUGGAGCACGUCGGAGGACCCGAGCAGGCGAACCAUAUCUGUUUUUGGGAAGAGUGUCCGAGGGAAGGCAAACCAUUUAAAGCCAAGUACAAACUUGUAAAUCACAUUCGAGUGCACACCGGGGAGAAACCGUUUCCGUGCCCGUUCCCUGGCUGUGGGAAAGUGUUCGCCAGAUCCGAGAAUCUAAAGAUCCACAAAAGGACUCACACAGGUGAGAAGCCCUUCAAAUGUGAGUUUGACGGCUGCGACAGACGCUUCGCCAACAGCAGCGACCGGAAGAAGCACUCCCACGUCCACACCAGCGACAAGCCCUACAACUGCAAAGUGCGAGGCUGCGAUAAGUCCUACACGCACCCCAGCUCCCUGAGGAAACAUAUGAAGGUGCACUGCAAGUCCCCCCCGCCCAGCUCGGGCUACGAGUCCUCGACCCCGUCCCUGGUCUCCCCCUCCUCAGACUUGGGCCGAGAGCCAGGGGCCUCCUCGGUGCUGUCGGAGCCGGCGGGAGCCUCCUCCCAGCCCGCCAAUUUAAGCGAGUGGUACGUGUGCCACAGUUCAGGUGCCAGCGGAGCCCAGACACCGCCCAGUGGGGCCUCCACACCAGACCCAGCAGAUGAGCCACCGUACAGGAACCCGGAACCGAGGGACGCGUUUUAACCCACUCAGACUCGGUGCCAGUGGUGACAAAACACAUUUCCAAAAGCUCAACUAUUAAAAAUGGUUUGGCUUUGUUGCCUAAAUAUGCCAGCGAAGGCCCACUGGUCCCCCUCUCUUUUUUUGGAUGAGCCACCAAACAGACACCCAGAGCCAAGAGACGCAUUGAAACCCACAUUGAAGGGGGAAAUGUGUAAACCUUAAAGACGUGCUAAUUUCCAGGCACAAUAAAAAGAAUAUAUUUUGAAACCUCAGCGAUUGAAACGCUUUGGCUCAGUGCCUGUUACGGCCCAACUGGCCCACUUGUGAGGGGGGGGGGGAGUCGUGUAAAUCCGUCCUAGACGAUGUGGUACUUUAUUGUAGGCUAGGCAUGUUGGUGUCAAAUGAUUUUUGUAAAUUACGAGUUUUGACUUCGAUAUGUUUUUAUUUAUUUUUCAAACCUGAUCUCUCGGAGGAUUUUUUUUGUAUGAUCGAACCAAAGUGCAUGUUUUCAAUUUGGGGCAAACUUGUACAUUUUGUUAUUUUUUUGUAACUCUCUAUGGCUGUGUUGAUGUUUUGUAAAGGAUCUUCACGUUUACACAGUUUUCAUUUUUUCAUCUGUGCAGAGGCUCAACAAACAACUUAACUGUUUUUUUCAGACGCCUGCUGUGUUUGAUAGACGAGCGUUACAAAUUCUACAUGUUUGAUCCAAGUGGGCAUUUUGUGAUUUUUGUAUCAUUGUCGUCAAUAUAUAAAUAUAUCUAUAUAUUUUUUUUCUUUUUUUGAAUAUCUGAAAAACGAGCGGCACUCAAACUGCGUACCGAACUGCCUUGUUAUAUGUGAGUAUUUUGAAUAAAUCUUGUAUGACUAAAAAUGAACGAGCUGCCAGGCCAAUCACAUUUCUGGAAUUUACAUCCAUCCAGUUGCAUUUUUUUAAAUAGAUAAUUUUCUGUGGAGUGUUUUGAAAAAUUCCGUCUUUAAAAAUUAUAUUUGUAAAUUUAAAUCAUAAAUUUUCCUCCUUUUACAAAAAUGUCAGUGA